UAGGCCAUGCCGCCUGUUAUUAUUGUUUCUAUUUACUAAUUGCUCAAGCAUGUUUUGGACGUAUAUUGCUUAUAUUAUUCGUUGACAAAUGCAUAAUAUUUAAAGUAAAAUGGACUCGAAAUAUAUGGCACUAGGUAAUACUGGUGGAUUACCAUCGAUAAGCUUUUCUGUAAAACGCAAGAUCGAAACGAUCGAGUCGCACAGUGGUUUUUCAUCAAAAUCCCCCCAUGUGCCAGCUAAGCAUCCUCGUCUAACGAACUCGAAAAAACCAAGCAUUGGAUACAAUCAGCAUUUACUACCAGUUUUCAAUUGUCAACAACGAAUACUGCGGGAAAUCGAUGAAAAUGACACCGUACUUAUUAUGGGUGAAACUGGCUCUGGUAAAACCACACAGAUACCACAAUUUCUUCUGCAUGCUGGCUAUGCUAGGAAUCAAAUGAUGAUUGUCAUAACCCAACCACGUCGUGUCGCUGCCAUUACGGUGGCCCGGCGAGUGGCCCAAGAACUAUCAAGCACAAUUGGUGAUCUAGUCGGUUAUACGGUGCGUUUCGAAGAUGUCACCUCGGAGAAGACUAAAAUACGAUUUUUAACUGAUGGUGUGCUAUUACGUGAAUCUAUAUUAGAUCGUUUACUGCUCAAAUAUUCUGUUAUUAUGCUCGAUGAGGCACACGAGCGUACCGUGAACGGUGAUUUACUCUUUGGCAUUGUUAAGACAGCACAAAAAGAGCGUAAGAAACGCAAAUUGGCCAAUUUAAAAGUAAUUGUCACUUCCGCUACAAUGGAUAUCGAUCAUUUUGGCAAAUACUUUAAUUGUCGCGGUCUAUAUCUUGAGGGAAGAACACAUCCUGUUCGAGUGAUGCAUGCCAAGGAGCCACAAGAUGAUUAUAUACAUGCAGUUCUUGUGACACUAUUUGAGAUUCAUAGGAAUGAGCCUAUCGAUCAUGAUGUUUUAAUAUUCCUAACCGGACAGGAUGAAAUCGAGGGAUUGGCUCAACAAAUACGACAACUGGCAAAGAUAAAUACAACUGGUCCGAGUGAUGUUCGAGUAUUUACAUUGUACUCUCAAUUGUCUCAGGCCAAGCAACUGGAGUGCUUUCUACCAGUUCCAGCCAAUACACGCAAAAUAGUAUUGGCCACAAAUAUUGCAGAGACAUCGAUUACAAUUCCUGGCAUUCGUUGUGUCAUUGACUGUGGUUAUGUUAAGGAGAAACACUUUAAUCCCAGCUCAUGUUUUGAUAGUUUAAAAACGGUGCGCAUAUCGAAAGCUCAAGCAUGGCAGCGUACUGGACGUGCUGGCCGCGAUGCACCUGGUAUUUGUUAUCGUACAUAUACAAGAAAAGAUAUGGAAACAUUUAAGACGGCAACAGAUCCCGAAAUAUUAAGAAUAAAUACCACAUCGACUGUGUUACAGCUUUUGGCGUUGGGCAUUAAAUGUGAAAAUUUUGACUUUUUGGAUAUGCCAUCGGAGGAGAGUUUAAAUAAGGCGAAUCGCGAUUUGGAGACACUUGGUGCCAUUAAAUUCGGUGGUGAUGGAACGGCGAAUAUUACACCAUUGGGUCGUUUGAUGGUACACUUUCCACUCGACCCGAGAUAUUCGAAAUUGCUAUUAUCGGCACCUAAGUUUAAUUGUUUGGAAGAGAUGCUAAGUCUGGUUGCUGUGCUAUCAAGUGAUAACAUUUUCGUUGUACACACUGAGAAAUCCGAAUUGGCUGCCUUGGCGCAUGCAAAAUUUCAAUCGAAGCAUGGAGAUCAUUUAACACUUCUGAAUGUCUUCAACGCAUUUCAAAAGACGGAGAAACCAAAGGUCUGGUGUCACGACAACUUUUUAAAUUUGCGUAAUCUUACAUAUGCACGAAAUGUUCGUAAUCAAUUAGCUGAUAUAAGUACAAAUAUAGGUUUAACCCUAAGCAGUGGGGCCAAUGUUGAAUCCCAGAAGAAAUGCCUCAUAAAUGGUUUAUUUGAUAACAUUGCUGUACUUCAAAAGGAUGGCAACUAUCAAACCAUACUUGGUCGGCAUAAGGCGAAAAUUCAUCCAUCAAGUGUUCUGCAUGGCAAAUACAAACCGAACUACAUUUUAUUUAAUGAACUAAUCCAAACUGAUCAGAAUUUUCUACGACUAGUCACAGAAAUAUGUGUAGAAUGGGUUGAGGAAGUUGUGCCACACUUUAAAAAUAUUAUGAAAUAUUAAUAAAAUUAAUAAAGAAGAAGAAACUUUUUACCAAGUAGUAGUUGAGCAUAAUGAAAAAAAUAAUGAAUAUAGUGCAAUCUAUGUUUGACUAUUUAGUUUGGUCGAUGCUAAUUAAUAUUUUAUUUGUCUCCUAACUGAAUAUUUGUGUAUUUCUUCCCAAUGAUACAAUAAAUACAAAUCUAAUGGAUCUGAUUAAAAAUUUA